AUAUCGUUUUCCCUCAAUUUUUCAGUAGGCAAGCACUCAAACUACCAGACUCCUCUGCCAGGUUUUCUCUUGCCCCUUAUAAACCGAUUCUCUCAAUCGCUAUGCAUCCACUCACGGCUUUCUUGGUCGCUGCAGGUUUUGUUGCCGGGGCAACUGCAGGUCCUAUCGGUGAGAGAGGCACUUGUGGUUCAGAUUCUCUUGCUAACAGUGUAAUCUGGAAUCAAAGUGGAGAAGACUUUACACCCAAAAAGCGAGAUCUCGGCUCUGCAGCCAACGACGAAAGCCCAAGUCUCCUGGAAGAGCGAUUGGACAUGAAUGCUACCAGUCGGGAGCUGGACAAACGUAGCGACUACCAUCGUUGCUCUCACAAAACUAACCCCAACAUUGGCGUUUCAAUCGACGAUAGUCGCUCGUAUGCUGCUAUAACACAAGGUCACCAACUUUUCCUCAACAGGCAGCAGUAUUAUUCCUAUACCGGGAAAAAGUAUCCAAAGUUCUUUAGGAAUGAUGAGCAGAUCGCAGAUGUUAUAACAUUUUGCAAUAAUAAACCUGUUUUCGAGUUCCCCGUGUACAAUAACGGAUGGAGGUUUGGGAUCGACACGGACAACCCCGGUACAGAAAGAGUCAUAUUUGAUUCAUGUGGUAACUGGUGCGCAACAAUCACGCAUCUCGGGGAGUCUAAUAAUGGUUUCCAUGGUUGUGUUGGUUAUAAUUAUUGA